GUGGCCAGUUUCUAAGUAAAUAUGUAUACAACCAUACUAUUAAUUUUUGUGGCGAUCGUGCUUGCCACUUCAGCGCCAGUGAAUGACAAUGCGCAGGCGCGAAUACUCGUAUACGAUUUCACCAAUGACGGGAGUGGAAAUUACAAGUUCAGUUAUGAGACGUCAAACGGUCUGACAAGAGAAGAAACUGGAGAAGUAGUGAAUGUGGGUACAGAUGACGAACACAUUGUAGUACGAGGCGUCUACUCCUACGUCGAUGCUGAUGGUAACGUCCAAAAUGUAUCGUACACUGCUGACGAAAAUGGAUAUCAGCAAUCGACUUCAGGAGAAGAAAUGUCGAUUCCUGACUAUCUACCUCCUUCUGUUGUAGCAUCAUUGCUAGGAGGAUAAAUGGAUUGAUUUUGAUACCUCAAUAUAUAACAAUACAAAACGAAUUGGAAUACAUAAUGAUU